AUGGGUACUCCAUCCUCUCUACCCAUAAACCCUAACCCCAGUCCCAGUCCGCCGCUCCCUCAGUCGCCACCACCGCAAACGCCGCCGCUACCUCAAUCACCACCGCCUCAGUCACCACCACUACCCCCAAACCAAACACCAACCCUCAUUCCGCCGACUCCCUUCUCGCCGCAAACUGAACCGCAAAAUGAAACACACAUUUUCGACACUCAUUCCCCAGAACCAAUGCCUGAGCCUGCGCCUACUCAAACGAAAACCAAAGGCAAAACUAAUAAGGCUGCAGGUAGACCCAAGAAAACCCCUGUCGGAAAACGAAAAAGAGUACCCUCUGUUCCUUUCGACCUAAACUCUCCACCUCAACCUUCCUCUGAACUAGUCAGCAAAAGGACUAGGUCUUCCUCGCAAAUUCCAGCACCAGCGGUCCAAACACCUGUAUCUCAGUCACCCUUAAAUUCUCCAGUAGCACCUGCGUCGUCUGCCGAUAAUAUAAAGGAGGUACUCUCUCCAUUACCUUGGGCUUUUAAGGAUAUGGAUAUGAAGAAUGCCUAUGAGAAAUUAGUUUCUAAACCUAUUUUGCUGGACUAA